AUGGCCGUUGCGGAGUAUACGGGAGAGAUUGUGAUGUCGGCGAUUAACAAUGCCAGUGGAGAUUUGGGGGUUUCUCUGUCGCAGAAUUUUCAUCCAAUUCUUCUUUCUAAUGCAAACAGAUUAGUGUCCACUCUUCUAGAUCGAUUUGAAAUUUCGGUUCCUAGUUCACCGAGGGAGCUAGUUUCGAUAACACCUGAAGCGUCAUCGCCUCAGUGUUCGCCACUCAGUGCAAACCAUUAUCAAUCAAAUGAGAGAAACAGUCCAGGAAUGAGGUCAGCAAUGCCUCUGGUUCUUCUAGCGAUAUGGAAGCGUGACUGGACGGAACAGGGGCAGUUACUGAAAGUUAGAAUCAAUACAGAGCUGUCGGUUUACCAAGCUGCAGUGGGGUUACAAAUCAAGAGUCUUUCAUCUGUUGAUUUGAAUGGGAAGUCAUCAAAGAGGUUGUUGCAUGGAACUUUGGCAUUGUUGAUAGAAGCUGCUGAAGCAUGUUUAUUCUGUGUCUGGCAAAAGUUGAGAAUUUGUGAUGAGCUCUUCAGCUCAUUGCUUGUUGGGAUUUCCUAA